CUGAGUUUUAUUUUGGCAACUUUUCUCCAAUGGCCAUGCUUCCCUUCCCCCAGAUCCCCGCCUCUCAAUUUCCCUUCUCAACUUCCAGAUGUCACCCCUUCCACUGGUACUUGCUUCCUUAUCCCUUCUGUCUUUGAGGCCUUGCUCCAGAGGUCUUUUUCCUUUCCUGGUAUCUAACAUUGUAGCAUGCUACCCAGUAAUCUAAACCCAAGCAGGGCUCCCUCUCCCAGCCUCUAGCCACCCUCCACUGCCCUCUCCACUUGCAACCUCUGGGACCAUCUUCUCUGCCACCUCCUGCUCCUGGGACCAAGCAACACCGUUUUUGUGCUUAGCUCCUUCUUGCCAGCCAAUCAUGAGCUCCCAGAUUUGUCAGCACUAUUCUACCAAAGUGGAGGCAGCUGUCAACUGCCUGGUCAAUUUGCAUCUGUGGGCUUCCUACACCUACCUCUCUCUGGGCUUCUAUUUCCACCGCAAUGAUGUGGAUCUGGAAGGCGUGUGCCAGUUCUUCCACAGAUUGGCCAAGGAGAAGCACAGGGGCGCUGAGCGUCCCUUGCAAAUGCAAAACCAGUGUGGCGGCCGCACUGUCUUCCAGGACGUCCAGAAGCCAUGUUAAGAUGAAUGGGGUAAAACCCUGGGCGCCCUGGAGAAGAACCUGAACUGGGCACUUUUGGAUCUUCAUGCUUUGGGUUCCGCCUGCACAGACCACCAUCUCUGUGACUUCCUGGAGAGCCACUUCCUAGAUGAGGAAGUGAAACUCAUCAAGAAGAUAGGUGACCACUUGACCAACCUCUGCAGGCUGGCCAGCCUCCAGGCCAGGCUGGGCGAAAAGGUUCACUCUCAGGCACAAUCAGGAGCCUACCAAACCCAGUGACAUCUGAAGAGCCCCGCUCUGCCUGACCCUCUCCCUCCAGCUACUAGGCAGCUUUUUUUAAGCAACCCUAGAACCCUCUCCCAAGUCUUAGACCAAAUGGAAAUAAAGCUUUUUACAGAAAAAAAAAAAAAA